CUUCGUAGGGGCUUGUACGAAAAACUUGCUUCGAGUUUAGAUAUCCAACGCCUUCAAUCAAAGCAACUUCAAAUCUCCAUGACCUUUUUCUUCUGUUUCGAUCUAUGACAGUUUUGGAACCCUCCACCGUGCUGAACCUCCCCUCCUUAAUUGACAGGCUGACUGUAAGUGUUCAGACUGCUCCCUCUACUUCGUGCACUGUGGGAAUUUUUACGUAUCCCCCAUUAUCCGGCCACUCCACUCCACCCCACUCCCUCCCAAACCCGUCUCCCAGCCCUCAGCUCCGAUACCGACGUCAUCCCACACACCGCAGAUGUCGUACCACCCCACCUGCACCUCGCAUGUGGGUUCCACAGCAGGCAGUCAUGCCGUGCCACCCGACACGCGUCUCACGUGCGGCUUGGCAGAAGAGGGGUCUAAAAACUUCUUCUUCUUCUGCUGCCGGUUUCGCUUCUGCUUUUCUUCUCUUCGUCGGGAGAAGGAGAGCGAAGUGGACUAGGAAGAUGGAAGAAUGGGUACUGUGGGGUGGUGGAGUGGUGUCUGGGGAUCAAAACCCCUGGACAGUACAAGACACGAUGGAGAAAGGCGAGGGAAGGGGGGCCGGGGGUUUGAAUUGGACGCCUCCACAGUCUCAUGGUGGUGGGUGUGGGUGGGCCUGCAGAAACUACUGCACCCAGCACAUGAUGGGGAGCGGAGGUGGAUCAAAAGGAUGCGGGCAUGGACCUCCUCAUGCGAGGGCGUCUGGAGAUCGUUAACAUAUCGUCGUCCUCCGUAUGGGGGAGUGGUGGAUCAGAAGAGCAGAACAGCUGCGUUGUGGGCCUAGGCUUGCUCAAAUUGGAAUAUCUGAUCACUUGCAUAAUGUGGAGUGGGGAGCGGCGGUGGAUCAAAAGCCCAACUAGGACAAUCUCAUGGGUGGGGUCUGCGGAUCAAGAUCCGAA